AUGCGGACCACGAAAAAAGUUCUUGGCGGGGCGGAGCUACUUCUCUCUAGCGCCGCCCAGAAAGAGCCUUCCUAUCGUCUCUUCCCCGAACAUCUUGUCCAACGCUCCUCCGUCUUGUUACCUCCGCAACCCACCGACCGUCAAUUGCCUCUCUGCCUGCCCACCAUGUUCAAGCCCUCGCAGCCCAUGAUGGCGCGCUUGCGCCUGACCACGAAACAGGUUCUUGGUGGCUACUACAAGGGUAACCGGACCGGAUCGAUGGGUUACUUCGCGAAGAACGGGUCAUAUGUGAUCGAUUGGAAAAAAGUCCGCACUUUCGCUGUGCCUGAAAACUUGGAUCAGUUCAAGUUGACCCCCUUCGUGACCAAGCGUAUGCCUCCCACGAAAUCCAAGUACACGAAAGAAAUCGAGAAGGACGGAAGGAUCGUCACCCUCCAGCGGGCUUUCAGUGGAAAGGACUACCUCGAUAUGUGGGCCUCGGACAACGGUCAGGAAGUUCUGGAGCAGGAGCGUCUGGAUUCGGAAGCCGCAGCGGAAUCGUCAUCGACUACUCAGCCCGCUCGUCAAUAA